AUGGACGAGUUGUCUAUCGUCUUCGCCAUGGACAACGACGGCGUGGGUGGGCGGAUAGCACCACAACAGGAUUUCUCCCUAACACCCUCGUUCGUCAACCACCCACCCAACGUCAAUCCCAUCGGCGAACCUCGUAAGCUGUCGCGGUCGAUGGUGCAUGGUGGCCUACGUUCAAUGGGGUGGAUAGGGCUUCGCACUCGUCUCCGCACUUACACCGCCUGCAGAACCACCUCCUUCGACGUUGGGGAACGUUACACGUGCAAGGCCGUUGAUUGGGCCUCGUAUGAGCGGGUUUCCCCGAGGCCUUCUCCUUCCUUUGCCACGUCUUCCCAGAUGCUCUCCACGGACGACGAUGGCGGCAUCAGUGGGCGAACGAUGUCCUACGGCUAUACGUGGUCUCCAUCGACGGCACCGCUUGGGAUUCGUGUGGCGACGAAGCGCUGUAGGAAAGAGACGAUGAAGGGCGGAGGGAUGAGCUCGACGUUCGGGGGCGAGCUGCGGCGUGAUAACGAAGAUCCUCGCCGUCGCCGCGUCCUUCGCCUUCAACACCCUCUACACCAUUCCUGGCUGCCGUUAUCCAAGACCACCGACGUAUUUCGUGUCUAG